AAAAGUUUAAACAAAAUCACUUUGAUUCUGGAUAUAAAUCAGUUGUUGAUGUUGUUACAAUAUUCAAAUUAGAAUUACAAAGAAUUUUAAAUAAUAAUAAUAAUAAGUUAUCAAAUACAAUUAUUGAAGAUAUACAACCUUAUGGAUCUAGAAUUUCAGGCAUUUACACUGAUGAUAGUGAUGUUGAUAUUCAUAUAACCUAUAGUAAGUAGUAUUACUAUAUGAUAAAUACAACUUGUAUUCAUGGUUUGUUAUCGUAUAUUUUUUACAUAAAUAUGCAUCGCGGAAAAAACUCGUAUCUGAUGGAUUAGUUAGAUUUUUAUGUUUUAUUUUUUAUUUUUUUUGAGAGGAAGACCGUUAAUCAUAUUUAUUUUAGUUCUGAUAAUUUAAAUUUCUAGAAACUGUAUUAUAAAUCUGCUUUAGUUUGUAUUUGUUUUCUUUUGUAAUCAACAAACUUAAGAUAGGAGUACAGCAUAAGGCCCCCCUAAUGACCCUCAUGAUAUUCCCAGACCCUAUAGUUUUGGUAAACAUAAAUCUAAAAGGGAUAGAAGGCAAGCCUGAAGAAUGAAGGGAUUAUGGGAGAAAAAACAUUUAAAAAUAAAUAUGAUCCAGGUAUGUUAAGAGUAAAACUCUGAGUUCAAAUUAUAAGUAAUGCUGAGAAAUUAUAGAACAUUAAUAUUAGUUUAGUGGUACAAGACAAUAGAGAAAUUAUGAAGAAUGCAGCUUGUAGAAUUAAGUAUGAUUGAAUGAAAUAGUUAUAAUCAUUUAUUUUUUUUUUUCUGAGAUUGAUUUUAUUUUAUUAUUAUUUUAAAUAUUUUUCAGCUUCAAAUUUAUCUUUCAAAAAAGUAAUAAAAUUAUUUGCUGAUAGUAUUCGCAAAAGCAACGUGUUUAAUCAGGUAGUACCUAUAAUUCAUGCAAAAAUACCUAUCAUAAAAUGUUCUUUUCAUAAAAAAACAGGUAUUGAUUGUGAUAUAUCAUUUAAUAAUAUUAGUGCUGUUCAUAAUUCUUAUCUACUCAAUUAUAUUAUUAGUAUGGACCAUCGUAUUAAGCCAGUCCUAACGAAGUUUAAGUCGUGGGCUAAAAAUACUGGUCUUAUUUGUACAAAUGGAUUUUCCAGCUAUUCGUUUUACUGGAUAGGAUUAUUUUGUAUGCAAGUUAAAAGAAUAUUGCCACCUAUUUAUGAAUUACAAAAAAAUAUACCUGAACGAAUAGUUGGACAUUGGAACUGUGCAUUUUCCAAAGAACAAGAAUUUAAAAAAGACAACCAAAAACAUUUAAGUGAGAGUGACAUAUUAACAAUGAUUUAUGCAUACUAUUCAAGUUUUGACUUUAAAACAUAUGUAAUAAGCCCAUAUGUCGGUUGCCCAUUACUCAAAAAAGAUUUUGAAAAUGUAGACCAACUUCAACCAGAACUAUGGAAGUACAAACAAUUUCAUAAAGAAAAUUUUGAACAAACGAAUUUAUUAUUUUUAAGAACUUCACAAUUUAGUAUGUAUACUCAAGAUCCAUUUCAACAUAAUUUAAAUAUUACGGCUAGAGUGACUCCAAAAGUAUUUGAAAAAUUUAUUAAUGCUUGUACAGAAUUAAAAGAUAAAUAAAUAAAAGAAAACUUGGGUUAUAUAAAAAUGUAUUGUGUUAUUCGUUUUCAAUCAUUUGGCAUUCCUGUUCAAUUAUCUUAAUAUGUUCCAAUAGUUUUUUUUCUGAAUAUUUUUUCAAAAAAUACUCUACUGCAUAGCCAACUCCAUUUGGUUGUGUGCCCGAAAAAUCUGUUAUACCAUCAAUUUCAUAUUUUGUCCUUAACAGAAGAAAUUUAAUAUAAAUAGCUUAUAAAUGUUAUACUACUUUUACUGAAGACAAUAAUAAUCUUACCAUGUAGGGGUAGGUGUAAUUGAUAAUGUAAUUAUAUUUGACAAUGUAGCUAUUUCUGACCAACUUAAAUUCCUUGUUCUUGCCCAAAAUUUUUGUCCUUUUUCAUCAUACCAACAUUCUUCUUCAAUAAUAAAUUCUGGAACGUGUAGUGUUGGAUCACGUCUUAAUACUUCAGGAAUAAUAUUAUGACAUACUAGCCUAUGUUUAGUAUAUUCGAAUCCAUGUUCAUCUACAAAUAAAUUAUUUUUUGUGAAGAUGUUUUCAAAAUUAAUAGAUAACAAUUUUUUUAUAAUAUGUAUACAUAGGUAAAAAAAAAUUAAUGCCAUAAGAUAUUACCAAUAUGUUCAUCAAUUAAUUCAGAAAUUUUAACAACUUCGUCCUUUUGUCUGAUUUGAUUAUAGUAUGUUUUAAUUGUUUGAAAUGGUUGCUGGAAUAUGUGUACCAAUGAGAUUGUUAAAACCAUAUUUAUUUUUUUUUACUUAACUUAAUGUUCAAUCACUAUGGUUUUUGUUUAAGAUUGUGUUAUAAUAAAUAAAAUACAUAUUAUUGACGUACUUAAUGAAUAAAAAUGAUGACAUUUUAAUAAUUGAGAAAGAUUAGAACUUGAACAGUCUAAGGUCUCACCGUUUCAUAACACUUGUUGAUAAACUAGUUUUAAAUGAUUGCAUUAGGAGGAUAACAACAUAAUAUUUUAAAGUCCAAAGAUGUUCCAAAUUUAAAAAUAAUGGUAAUGUUAAAACUUAUAAAAUGAGAUGUAAUCAAAAAUAAACUA